AUUUCCCUUUACUGAAUUAAACGGUACACAAAGCAUAUUAAACAUUUUCAGUGAUGUCUGUUCUCUUGAGGGCGCCGGUAUUGACAGACAAAGAAGAGAGGAGACUAGCCAAGCUGCGUACCAAACUAUUUGACAAGGAGAGCAAGGACUGGAAGACUCUAAUUCGUGAUGAGAGCCCCGCUGAAGUGUACUCUGAUGAGACAGGGUUUUCCAUUUACGUGGGCAAUGCAGAGCAUGCCUCGGACCUGCUGACUCUGGAGAUCAAGGGAGUGACAUUUGUACUCAACAUGGCGGCCGGGGAACCUCUAUGCAACAUGACUGAGGAGGUGUACGGCCCUGCCUACAGAUGUCUGAGGGUUAGUGCUGGGGACAUGCCUGGCUACAAUCUCUCUCAACAUUUUGACGAUACCUGGACCUUCCUUGAGGAAGCGAGAAGACGGAGGGCCAAAGUGUUGGUGCACUGUGUGGCUGGUGUGAGUCGCUCUGCCACUGUUGUCAUCGCUUAUCUCAUGCAACUACGUGGAUGGUCCCUGGAAACUGCCGGUACUCAUGUGAGCCAGAAAAGACCUAAAGUGUACCCCAACCUCGGGUUUAUGAAACAGCUGGAGCUGCACCAAACUAAACUGUCUGGAACUAUAGGCAAAUUAUAGCUACAAAUAUCAAAUAUUGACUUUUUUUAGCCUCAAUUUCUUAAUUUGAAAUGUUAAUAUUUCUUGUGUGCGUGUUCACCUUCGUGAUCUAAUAAUAAAACAGAAAGUUGUGUUUUUAAAUAAA